GGUCAGGAGCGCAUCGCUCAGAGCAACAGCGCUUCUCCUGUAUCGCGUUGGGUUGCUUGUCAGUGGACUGGAAUGGAGGUGGAUAGGAUUGCAGCUGUAAUGAUGGGCUCCCGUUGCAGGUGAACAGAAGAAGAAGAAGAAGAAGAAAAGAUGCAGACCUGCUUCCGUGACUGUGAGAGAGGAGUCCGCGCGCCGCCCUCCACGACCCGAUGAGCUUGUGUUAGGAAUAUGGGAUCAAUAUCGGGCCUCAAAGGGAACAGCAUUUUGGCUCUGAUGACCCGUUCAAGUGCUGCGUGGUGCUGUGUGUCCUGACCACCCUCUUGCUGCGGACACACACACACACACACACACACACACACACACACACACACACGCACUCAUCUCUUCCCCUGCCUUUUGACUUCAUGAAGAUUCGCCUCAUUGGUGAUGUGAUGAAUAAAUUUGAGGUCCUUGGGAUUGUAGGAGAAGGAGCCUAUGGGGUGGUUCUAAAAUGCAGGCACAAGGAGACGAAAGAGCUUGUGGCCAUAAAGAAGUUUAAGGACAGUGAAGAGAAUGAAGAGGUGAAGGAGACGACCCUGCGGGAGCUGAAGAUGCUCCGCACGCUGAAGCAGGAGAACAUCGUGGAGCUGAAGGAGGCGUUCCGGCGCAGAGGGAAACUUUACCUGGUGUUUGAAUACGUGGAGAAGAACAUGCUGGAGCUUCUGGAGGAAAUGCCCAACGGCGCGCCACCCGAUAAAGUCCGCAACUACAUCUAUCAGCUGAUUAAAGCGAUCCACUGGUGCCAUAAGAACGAGAUUGUACACAGAGACAUCAAGCCUGAAAAUCUCCUCAUCAGCUCCAAUGACAUCCUGAAGCUGUGUGAUUUUGGCUUUGCCCGGAAUCUUUCCGAAGGCAACGACGCCAACUACACAGAGUACGUGGCCACCAGGUGGUACCGAUCUCCCGAGCUUCUUCUCGGAGCUCCGUACGGAAAGGCCGUGGAUAUGUGGUCGGUGGGAUGUAUUCUGGGCGAGCUGAGCGAUGGACAGCCUUUAUUUCCGGGAGAGAGUGAGAUCGACCAGCUCUUCACCAUCCAGAAGGUGCUGGGGCCGCUGCCGCCUGAGCAGAUGAAGCUGUUCUACAGCAACCCCCGCUUCGCUGGUCUCCGGUUCCCUACAGUCAGUCAUCCUCAGACCCUGGAGAGGAGGUACUUAGGCAUCAUUAAUGGACUCAUGUUGGAUCUUAUGAAGAACCUGCUGCUGUUGAACCCGUCGGAGCGCUUUCUGACAGAGCAGUGUUUGAACCAUCUCGUGUUCCAGGCACUGCGAGUGCUGGAGCGACCUGCGCCUCCAUCUCCCACCCCACCUCGCUCCUCCAAGAGAAAACCUUACCACGGGGACAACACCAUCCCCAGCCGUAGUAAGAGUUCUAGUCAUCGUCGCUCCAACAGCAAAGACUGCUCAUCGCUGCCACGGCAUGAAGACUUGCGCCGGAGCACAGAAGGCUUCCUGAAUGGUGGUGGUGGGCCCGUGGCAGCCAGCUUGAGCCCUACACUGCAUCCCAAGAGCUACCAGAGCCAGACGCUGAGCCGCUCAAUCUCUUGCAGCAAAGAGCUGGCCAACAACAAUCUGCCCCAUCUCUUGAGCCCCAAGGAUGCCAAAGGCAAAACCGAGUUUGACUUCACUCUGGGGCCCAAAACCACUGCCGGCGUGGACGUUUCCACUGGCAAGUACCUCAAAUCAUCCAAACAAAACCGCCAGCCGUCAUCGUCUUUUCUGGAGGGCAAAACAAGCACUCUGCAGUCUGGAGACAAGCACGGGCGUCAUGGCUACAUGGAGAGCUCACAUGGCUCUAUGCCCUCGUCGUCAUCGUCCAAGAGCAACUCAUCUUUCCUCGGUCUGUCCAAAAGCCAUGGCACACUGAGUGACGCCAAGUCUGUUGGAAACCUGACCGAGCCCCGCCUGCACCUAGAGGAGACCAUGCCCAAUUCUAGCUCUGGUUCCCGGUACUUCCCGACUAGCUGCUUGGACUUGAACGCCGCCCCAGCCAGCCCCCGAACAGAGCGGCACUCUGGUUCAGAUCGCCAAGGCCACAGCCCAGCAGGACGAAACAACCCUCGCAUGGAAGGUGGCACCCUGGACUCGCACCACUCCUCCAGCCGCAAAAAAACGCCCGAGGAAGCCAAAGUGCCAGACGCCCUGGAUCCGGCCAUGGUGGCUGGAGCCGCAGGCGUGCACGGUCACACACUUUCUGCCCCCCAUGAGUCCGUCCCCUACGGCCUGGGGUACACCAGCCCCUUCUCUUCUCAGCAGCGCCCCCACAGGCAUUCUAUGUAUGUGCGACGUGAGCGCCACAGGACCCACGGUCAGGAGGCCGGGCUGGCAGUGAGCCAAGGUGUGCCAACGCGUGCCAGCAGCCUACAACUACUCUCCCCUCAGCUGCCUCACCGCACAUUACCACGCCAUCCAACCAGCUCCUCCAGAGAGGAGCUCAGCCAGGACCUCAGCAGGAAUGAACAGUCUCCAAAAGAGAAGCCUCACUCUCAUGGCCCAUUUAAGGACUCAACAAGGGACAACACUUCUUCCUUCCACUCACAGCGUGCCAAAAAUGAGGUCGGGAUGUACCACGAUCCACAUAUGGAAGAUGGGACCUCAUCCAAGGAGAACCGGAUCAUCUAUAGUGACUCUAUGCCUCGCAGAGUGGGCAGCUUUUACAGAGUCCCUUCUCCACGACCAGACAAUUCCUUCCAUGACAGUGCGGCUCAGAGCAGAGUUCCACCCGUAUCAGCGGACAGCGCUGCCAUGGCCAACCACUCCAAACGCCAGACGAACUUUGACCCCUGGAAUAACUCGGAGGCCAUGGUUAUGAACCCACCGGAGAUUCCGAAACAGAAGGAAAAACAGGGUUUCUUUAGAGCAAUAAAGAAGAAAAAGAAGAAGUCACAACCAACGGAGGGCUGCGAGGGAAGGAACCCGAGCAUCAAGAAAAGCCUUUUCCCCCUCUUUAACUCAAAGAAUAGCUUAAAGCAUAACUCCUCUGUGCUUCCUGUCCUUGCUCAGCCCAUGGUUGCAGCUGAAGGACAGCAAGACCAGCUGGUGCUCCAGAGACCAGUGAAAUCCUCGUCCCACCACAGCAGCCGUCACCGGAACCGGGACAGAGAAAGAGACAGAGACAGGGACCGGGACAGGGAUAGGAACCGAGAGCGAGGACGUGAUCGAGAACGAGAGAGAGACAACACCUGGCCUAUAGAGAAACAUACAAAUGUGCAACCUCAGAACCAACCUCUAAGGUCUCUGCGUAAGUUUCUGCACCUCUCAUCUCCCCCCUCAUCCUCUGCAGCUCCUAGCCAGCCUCCUCCUCCACCUCCUCCAGAUCGCUCCUCUGAACUGCGAUUCCAGCCACUUGCCAACCCGCCACCCAAAGCAGCACCCCCGAACAUGCCUGAAGCACGGGCCAUUCCAGUAGGCAGCAUCACUCCUAACACCAAGAGCCGUAAGCCCCACAGCUACCCUCUGCCGGGGCAGAUAGAGUCCGCCUGGCAUGCCUCAGCUCCCUACCCCGACCAACUGGCCAGUAAAGGUGGGCAGAAUGGCAUCGGGUUCGCCCGGGCUGCCCGUCCUCGGAUGCCAAACCUCAAUGACCUGAAAGAAACCGCUUUGUAGGGGCAGACGUGUCUUCUUUCUCUCCUUUGACUCUGUGGGGGUAACUGCAAAACCAAUAUCACUUCCGCACUUAACGACACCUCUGGCCAGAAGGUGGCGCUAAUCAUGUCUUGAGUUUGUUUUUUAAAAAUCAUCCACAUCCUUUGAUAGAAUUUGUAUUAUUGUUAAUGGGUUCAGUUUUCAGUUAUUGACCUUGAUGAAGUAUCUAAGUAUUUGUAUAAGGAAAUUUAUCAGAUGGGGGUAAAUUAACCGUGGAAUAGUAAGAGCUUUAGUUUAUACACCAGAGAAUGUAUAAAUAUUUAUUGUGUAAUAAUUCUAUAUUUCAUGGAGAUUAUUUAAUUAAUUAUGAGUGUCUUAAUAUUUAAUAUUUACAUUGUACAGAGUGCAUUUUAUUGUUGUAACAAAUGGUACAUAUUAUUAUUAUUAUUAUUAUUAUUAUUAUUAACAGUUUGUUCUGUUAUGAAUCCUCCACUGCCUAGGCAUCUCAGCUUUUAAACAUUUUGUGAGAUCUAUGAGAUCUAACGUCCCAUUUUCACAGAAGCUACACUGUCAGAAGCUAAUUCUCAUAUCAUGAGCUCUAGCUAACAAAUGGCAGGGUUUUUUUUUUGUUGUUGUUGUUGUUUUGUUUUUUCUUUUGCUUGUUUUCCUUUUUUCUUUUUUUUUUUUUACCUCUCUCUUUGUGAAAGCAUUUCUAAACUAAAAUCUGAACUGUAAGCCAAACCCAGUCUGAAUGGCUGAAAGAUGGACGGCAUGCCACGGUAGACGCAGUCAGGGAUUAGUUCAGCAGGGUUCGUGUCAGUACGGAACGUCUGACGCUCACCUCUGCACCAGGUUUGUGUUCCAAAACUGUUUUUAAUGUUCCCUCAUUGACUUGCCUUUGUCAUUUCCCCUUUGGGAGAAUCAGCUCUUGUUCAAGAGAGUGUAAGUUGUUUAUGAGUGUACGUAUGAGCAAUAAGUUAUAUAUGAAGUAGUCUCGCAAGCAAGACGGGGGAGUCUGAUACAUUUCGCCAAUAAACAUGGCCAAAACAUGCCAGCUUUCCCAGAAAGAAGCUAUUUUCUUGAUAUCAACAAACAGCAGACCUUUUUUCUGUAGCUUUGCUAGACUCUUAUUUACUCACUACUCUCUGCAUCAGACGGAUCUCUCUUUUAGACAGUUUUUAAAUCCAAGAUUCGGUAAAUGUUUUUCAAUCUGGUGACCACAUUUUGCUCUGAAAAGCUAAUUUGUUAGUAUUGAGAAGUACACCGCUUGCCUAAUAUUGUGUAAGUCCCCCUUGUGCCGUCAAAACAGCUCUGACCCGGUGAAACAUGGACUCCACGAGACCUCUGAAGGUGUGCUGUGGUAUCUGGCGGCAAGACGUUAGCAGCAGAUCCUUUAAGUCCUGUAAGUUACGAGGUGGGGCCUCCAUGGAUCAGACUUGUUUGUUCAGAACAUCCCACAGACACUCGAUCGGAUUGAGAUCUGAGGAAUUUGGAGGCCGGGUCAACACCUUGAACUGUUUGUCAUGUUCCUCAAACCGUUCCUGAACAGUUUUGCAGUGUGGCAGGAUGCAUUAUCCUGCUGAAAGAGACCACUGCCAUUAGGGAAUACCGUCGCCAUGAAGAGGUGUACUUGGUCUGCAAUGUUUAGGUAGGUGGUACGUGUCAAAGUAACAUCUAUACGGUUUCCUAUAAGGUUUCCCAGUAGAACAUUGCUCAGACCAUCACACUUCCUCCGCCAGCUUGUCUUUUUCCCAUAGUGCAUCUCGGUGCCAUCUCUUCUCCAGGUAAGUGACUCUCACGCAUCCGGCCGUCCACACGAUGUAAAAGAAAACAUCAGACCAAGCCACCUUGUUCCAUUGCUUCAUGGUCCAGUUCUGAUGCUCAUGCGUGGACAGGGAUCAGCAUGGGCACUCUGACUGGUCUGCGGAUACGCAGCCCCAUACCCAGCAAGCUGUGAUGCAUUGUGUGUUCUGACACGUUUCUAUCAUAGUGCUACAGUAGCUCUUCUGUGGGAUCAGACCAGACGGGCGAGCCUUCGCUCCCCACAUGCAUCAAUCAGCCUUGGGCGCCCGUGACCCUGUCGCCGGUUCAUUGGACCACUUUUAGUAGGUACUAACCACUGAAUACCAGGAACACCCCACAAGACCCGACAUUUUGAAGAUGCUCUGGCCCGGUCGUAAAGUCGCUCAGAUCCUCACACUUGCCCAUUUUUCCCGCUUCCAACACAUCAACUUCAAGAACUGACUGUUCACUUGCUGCCUAAUAAAUACAUCCCCCGCCUUGACAGGUGCCUUUGUAACAAGAUAAUAAAUAUUAUUCACUUCACCUGUCGGUGGCUUGAAUGUUAUGGAUACGUAUAUACAAAAGUGCAGCGAACCAAUCGGCUUGCAGCCUUCAAGAUUCUGGAGCUCGUGGCCUGAAAAGUGUACAAAAGAUAUCAGACCAUCGGCAGUAGGUGACUCUUUAGAGGAUGAGAUUCUGAGUUCCGCUGCAACAUAAAGGGAUUUUAAAAAGUGUGUGUUUGUGGCUAGAAAGUAAGUGACGUGCUGCUAUAGGAUAUAAUCAGCUUUCCAUCAGGCCGCGUCACGCCACCCUGUCACUGAUUAUUCCUGGUGUAAUAUUCGGUUCGCCGUGUGUAACUUGUCCACUGUACACAUGAGACGUGGUGUCAUUUAUGUUACACUUGUAGACAGUUAUCAACCUCAUUUUUUGAAAUAUCAGUCAAUUGAAACUGACUGUUCAACUCGCCAAGGAAAACUCCAUUAUAUUUGUGACAAAGAGCAAGUGUUCAUACUCGGCCAUCCACAAAUAAUUCUACCAUCUCUGCAAGUGUGACAGAGGUGACAUGCUUUACUGAGCCAUGAGUGGAAGUCAAUGAGGGUGUGUUAGCAGUAAUGGAAUAUUUUCUGGAUAUAGACUUUAUAGUGCAUUUCAGAAGUAAUAGAAUAUAGCUGUGAAUUCUUUUGCAAGAAUCGAAGCACAGCUUUGUUUAAAAAAAAGUGUCUAUGAACAAGACACGUACAAGACUUUUGAGAGAUGAUAUUUACAUAACACUCAAAGCGUAUGUAAUGCUGAAUUCAUUUCAGUUUACUGUAUACAGCUCAGAGAUGAUCCAAUAUCAUACAACUCCAACUCCGAAAAAGUUGGGACAGUAUGGAAAAUGAUCAUAAACACAAAGAGGGGUGAUUAUGUAAAUGUACUUUGACUUGUAUUUAAACAAAAAAUGUAUAAAGUCAAGGUAUGUGAUGUUUUACCUAAUCAACUGCAUAGUUUUUUUUUUGUUUUUUUUUUGAAGAUAAACGUUUAUUUUGAAAUUGAUGUAUGCAACACGUUCCAAAAAAGUUGGGACAGUAGCAGUUUAGGACUAAUAGCGCUGUGACGAGUUGAAAUAAGAAGGUGAUGUGAAACAGGUGAGGCGAUCGUCUACUCAUAGUAUAUAAGGAGAAUCCAAAAACGGUCUAGACCUUCAAGAGCGAGGACGGGUCGAGUCUCGCCGAUCUGCCAACAGAUACGUCAGUGAAUAAUCCAACACUUUGAGAAGAACAUUCCCCAAAGACAAAUCGGUAGGAUUUUGGGCGUUUCACCUUCUACAGUGUACAAUAUAGAUAAAAGAUUCAAGGAAUCCGGUCAAAUCUCGGUGCGUAAAGGGCGAGGCCGAAAACCACUUCUGAAUGCGCGUGAUCUCCGAUCCCUCAGACGUCACUGUCUUAAAAACCCUCAUGAGUCUGUAAUGAGAUCCUGACAUGGGCUCGGGAAUACUUUGGUAAACCUUUGUCAGUCGACACCAUUCGCCGCUGCAUCCACAGACGCAAGUUAAGACUUUACUAUGCAAAGCAGAAGCCGUACAUCAACACUGUCCAGAAGCUCCGCCCACUUCUCUGGGCUCGGUCUCAUCUGAGAUGGACAGUAACACAGUGGAAUUGUGUUUUGUGGUUCGACAAGUCGCCAUUUCAAAUAGUUUUUGGACAAAACAGCCGUCGUGUUCUCUGGGCCGAAGAGGAAAAGGACCGUUCGAGCUGUUAUCAGCGUCAGGUCCAAAACCCAGCGUCUGUUAUGGUAUGGGGGUGUGUCAGUGCCCAUGGUAUGGGGGUGUGUCAGUGCCCAUGGUAUGGGGGUGUGUCAGUGCCCAUGGUAUGGGGGCAUGUCAGUGCCCAUGGUAUGGGGGAGUGUCAGUGUCCAUGGUAUGGGGGUGUGUCAGUGCCCAUGGUAUGGGGGCAUGUCAGUGCCCAUGGUAUGGGGGCGUGUCAGUGCCCAUGGUAUGGGGGCUUGUCAGUGCCCAUGGUAUGGGGGUGUGUCAGUGCCCAUGGUAUGGGGGAGUGUCAGUGCCCAUGGUAUGGAAGUGUGUCAGUGCCCAUGGUAUGGGGGCGUGUCAGUGCCCAUGGUAUGGGGGCGUGUCAGUGCCCAUGGUAUGGGGGCGUGUCAGUGCUCAUGGUAUAGGUAACUCACAUCUGUGAGGGCAGCAUUAAUGCAGAAAGAUAUAUAGACAUUUUGGAGGAACAUACGCUGCCACCCAGAGCAGGACAACGCCAAACUACAUUCUGCCCGGAUUACAAGCGCAUGGUUGCGUGAGCAGAGAGUGCGGGUGCGCGCAUGGCCUUCUGCAGUCCUGACCCGUCUCCCAUUGAGAACGUGUGGCACAUUAUGAAGCGCAAAAUCAGGCAAGGAAGGAACUGUACAGCUGUGCAGCUGAAGAAAUGCAUGAUGGACGAAUGGGGGAAAAUUCCACUUGCUAAACUUAACCAAGUGGUGUCUUCACUCAGCGCCCAAACGCUUAGUGAGUGUUAUUAAAAGAAAAGGUGAUGUUACACAGCGCUAAACAGUCGACUGUCCCAACUUUUUUGGAGUGUGUCGCAGUCAUCAGAUUUGAAAUGAGUGUAUAUUUUCAAAAAUAAAUUCACAAAGUAAAACAUCAAAUAAUGUGUUAAUAAUGUGUUUUCAAUAUAGUACAGCGUGAACUGAAUUUCCAAACGACUCUUUGCAUUUUCCAUACUGUCCCAACUUUUUCGGAAUUGGGGUUGUAUAUACAGUGUAUAUAAAAUUGAGAAUUCGAAAGAAAAGAAUGAAUGGUGAGAGGUGAAUGAAUUAUAUCGUGGGAAAGGGAGCAAUAUCUUUUAACGUUAAAGAUGAAUAUUUUACUCCUCAAAUGUAUUUAAUGACGAUGAUCAAAGGAUAUAUUCCACAUGCAGUAGUUUAUUACCAGAUCCCAGGAAAGAAAUUGUAACAGAUAUUUAACUAAGUGUUUAAACACUUUAUCGAACUGCUUAUUUUUGUUAUUUGGUAUCAUUCAAAUGGUAUCAUUCAAUGUCAUUUAUGUUCUGUUGUUAUUCACGUGACAUCACGUCAUUGUCUUCACGUCAUCGCUUUAUUUGACUGCUCUAGAGAUAGUAGUCACCAAUACCAAGAUAUUAUUGAGACGUUACCGUAAAGAGAGUUGAACAGGAUUGGUUCUCAGAUGUCUUCUAAUACCUAACCCCAAGUGUGAAAUUUAAACUCUCGGCUUGUUAUUGUUCCUCUUGGGUCAAAUUUUUUGGGGAAAUCGUUUGUUUUCCCACCGUUUCGCAAUAACACGCUUCUGAGACCUUACAAGGGAUGAAUUUCUACGAAGGUCAAACGAAGGUCACUCAUCACGUAUUAUCCAAUCGUGUCAUAUCAUCUUUUAAAUGUUUUUUUUUUUUUUUUUAAAUCCUUUAUUAUAUUUAAAACCGACAUGUUCCUCUUUUUGUGCCCAGGUUGGUUACAGUACCUCUCUGUUACAGUAUAUUAACCUGCCUUGGCGCAGUGCCAGCUAGCUAGAGUGUGCUAAUGCGAUGCCAAGUCAUUUUUGCAUUAGCCCAUGUUUGGCACCAACAGUUUGAGGAUUGGCAUCGUCCCCUAAGUGCGGGUUUUACAACCGGCGUGACCUAAAUUGAAGCAGAUUCAGUGCUGGAGGACGACUGCUGGAGGUGUCACGUGCUUUAGCGCUCUAAAAAUCCACCUUCAGCUACUGUUGGGUGUGUAAACCAUGCACUGCUGUUGUCCUUCAUAAACAGAUUUUAAUAACUGUAGAAGAUUUAAAAAAAAAAAAAAAAAAGCUGUUCAUAUCAUCAUAUAAGUUCUACCAGCAUCUGAUAUGAAAAUCCUAAUUAAGUACUAAAAGUUCUUAUUCAGAUAUCUAUACUCCAUAUCUAUCAAGUAUAUCAGAACAGGUUUAUUAACACCACAGCUGAUUAAGUUGUUUUUCAACCGCAGUUUUUUUUAUUAGAAUGAAAGGUUAUUUUAGUGAAGUUACCAUGUUUUAUUUACAAGAUCAGCCUUGCACACAUAGAAAGAGAUUUAUCUAUAACAUCUAAAGAGAAGCCCUCGGCCACUGGGAUGACCAUUGCCCGGUACGCCGUGACGGUCGAAUGGGCCUUUCAUCCCACACACCAGUGACGGUGAAUGAAAACCAGUCACCAGUUCAACGCACUCUCCCUUACAGCGUUCGUUCAUUGUUAAAGGAUUGUUUUCAUAACGUCUCGAUUAUUCUCAAAAGCUUCUCUCUUUCUUUUUUUUUUUAAAAUCUCAGCGUGCAAGGAGCAUGCAAUUAUGCAGAAGCACUGUGUGCAUUUUCAAAUACAUCCAAAUACAUCACUGCCAUGAUGACAGAAACUGUCAAAUCUCUUAGAAUGUGAAUCUGCCUUUUAGAGAGAGAGAGAAAAUAAAUAAAUAAAGCGCCAGAGAAUGUCAUUUGUUCGGACCUAACACUGGAGACCUGCUUUCUGUUGGAGAUUUAGAUUUCAAUCCCUGACGAACACGCCAGGAGCGGCCGUGGCCAGGAUAAUAAUCUUCACAUUGUACUUGAUGGCCUUUGUUUUGUUUCUUUUGUUUGUUUUCACUUUGUGGUUGGGUUUUUGCCCCAUUUGUGCCAACUUUGUGUAAACGAAAAUGUUUACAAACCAUCAGCAAUGACAGGAGACUUUUAUACAUGUCACAUUUGAAGGUUCUGUCUUUACAUUUCUUUACAUACAGAUUGAAGUAGAAUGUAUUUUGGAAAUACAUUGGUAUUUAGUUGUGUGAAUACAAAUUCAAAGGUCAAAGGACGCGUGCGCGUGUGUGUUUGAGUCUCUCAGGGGUUGAACUCAAAUUUAUGUGUGUAUGUAUUGAUUUAUUUUUUCAUUACACAAAGAUUCCGGAUACAAUACUUCCCGACCUCCGACCUCUCAGAUACAGGAAGAAAAGGCUUGGGCUGUAGAUUUGGUUUAGGCACGUCAUUCGUUACACACCUCAAACCGUUCUCUCACUUCCAUGACUCACAAACUAACCUACGGUCAAACGGGACAUGAACUCUUUUAUUCAUCACCUCUGGCUGUGGUUGUUUCAAGUAUCGGCAUGUCUGUGACAAAAAAGCAUUUCUACUGUAUAUUUCCCUGUAAUUACUGACGAAUAAAACCCAU